AUGUCAUUGCACAAUAUCUUAGAGGUUGAGAUAUUUAACGUCUGGGGGAUUGACUUCAUGGGACCUUUCCCACCAUCCAAUGGCAACCAAUAUAUCCUCAUGGUGGUAUACUAUGUAUCAAAGUGGGUGGAGGCAGUGGCUCUUCCCACCAAUGAUUCUAAAGUGGUACUUAAGUUCUUGAAAAAGCAUUUCUUCACUCGGUUUGGGACUCUACGAGCAAUAAUCAGUGAUGGAGGGAAGCAUUUCAUCAAUCAGUUGGUGCCUGGACAAAGCUGCUGUGUUUCAGACAUCGAAUUGAAUACUGGGGACUAUUCCAAUGCUUGGAGGCUCUGUACUGUUAUGCAGGUUGAGGAACUGAAAAUUUUAAUCCGCAUGUUCCCGACAUGGGCAACUGGUAUAGUCUUUUCUGCUGUUUAUGCACAAAUGUCUACAAUGUUUGUGGAGCAAGGGAUUGUGAUGGACACUGCCAUUGGUUCCUUCAGAAUUCCUGCAGCAUCUCUUUCAACUUUCGAUAUCAUUAGUGUUAUUGUGUGGGUCCCUGUCUAUGAUAGGAUCCUUGUUCCAAUUGCAAGGAGGUUAACUGGAAAGGAUAGGGGAUUUUCCGAGUUACAGCGAAUGGGUAUUGGACUUUUCCUUUCAAUGUUGUGCAUGUCGGCUGCUGCUAUCGUUGAGAUCAAGCGUCUACAACUCGCAAGAGAUCUUGGUUUGGUGGAUGAAGCCGUUGCAGUACCUCUCAGUAUCUUUUGGCAGAUUCCACAAUAUUUUUUACUAGGAGCAGCCGAGAUAUUUACUUUCAUUGGGCAGCUUGAGUUUUUUUAUAAUCAAUCACCCGAUGCAAUGCGUAGCUUGUGCAGUGCAUUAUCACUGAUGACGACGACUGCUUUGGAUAAUUACUUGAGCUCUUUCAUACUGACUGUAGUGAUGUCCAAUAUAACUCAGGUGACAAACCUAGAUGGAUUCCAAACAACUUGA